AUGGAGCAUUGGUCACUCGAGACGAAGAACACUGGAUUUGUCCGAAUUUGGCUUCAGAAAGAUGCAUUUCGAGUGGACACUUUUUCAGUUCCCCCUAAAAAACACAAAAACGCCACCAACUUCCUCAUUAAAACAAACAAACACAGAACACAAUGUCUGGACGUGGUAAAGGUAAAUCCUCCAAAAAAGCUGUCUCGCGAUCCGCGAAGGCUGGCCUCCAAUUCCCGGUUGGCCGUAUCGCUAGGUACGUUUUGUUAUAUCGUUUACAUUUUUUACAGUCCCAAAACCCAAAACCUUGACGAGAGCGAUUUGGAUGAGUUGGAAAUGCGUCCGUUCCUCGAAUACUACGAUUUUGAAAUUACAAGCGCUGACUUUAAACUCUCUUUCUAUCCAUAA